AUGGAACCGCGAAAUGACGUAGUAUAUUAUAAUGCUAACAACAACCCAUACUUAUAUUACUAUAAUUCCAACGAACCGGCUUACUCGAAUACCCAGUCAUCGAUCAGGAUACCAGAAAAAUCAUAUCGUACAACACAACGACCUAGACUAACAGCAACAAACAAGCAAGUUAGAAAGAAUCCACGAAUCAAACCCGCGAACCGAAAAUCAACCCAAAUCCGUCGACAAUUCUUUCGACCAGGUGCUGGAAUCCUGCAAAGGCCUCAGCAGCAACAACAACAACCUGUGGCUCGAAAUGCUCUACAAAUGUCGCUUCUGUUAUUAUCCAUAUUAGCUUUCGGUACGUUCGCAACGACUUCCAUAAUGAUGGGUCGAAACAAUCGACGUAAUAAUCGCAGGGAACAGUCUACGUACAGAGUAGUUAUCAAUAAAGCAUCUGCGAUGGAGGAUAAAGAAACCAAUACAACUAGUCCAUCUUCAACACACUGGGCUUCUCUGUUUACCGAACGUAUUUUCGAAUUUAUUACCGAUUUUGUACAAGAUUUCCCUAACCUUUUGUAACCUUAUGAAAUAAUUCGGUCGAUUAAAGUUCUUAUUUUGUAAUUUUUUUCCUUCAAAUUUUCAAGUGCGUGUUUUGAGUUUUAAACGAAAAGUUUUGUUAAUUUUAAAUCAUUGCAUUUUUCCAACUUUUUAACAGAAUGCAAUUAUGCAUUUUUUAAAACUUCGAUUGGCCACGAUCAGUUUGAAUACAAAGCUUCACCGGAUCGACCAGCUUUCCGGCCAAGAUCCAAGCUAAAUUGAAUGAUACUUUGUUGUUCGACUGAACCAAUAAUUAUUAUUGAAAUAUUAACAACUAUAAAACUACCUCAGUACCAUUUUAACAAUAAGUUGAAUAUUAUAUCCAUAUUUUGAAAAAAAAAUGCCAGAACCGCGUAUUUAUGGAGAAAACUGUCCGGAACUUCGUCUACCUAUCUAUUCCCCGAAGUCGGAUUCAGUCAUAAGCAAUUGGUAACCAGACCAGCGCCGUAGACGUUACGAUCCGCAUGUAUUGAUGCUCGUAUACCUGUCUAGUUGCCUACCUACUGCCUGCUGUCUACAGUAGCGUGUUACCUAUGUAUAGUUGUAGAAUGUGCUAGAUACGCCGCGUAAAUGAGUAGGUAAACAACAAUUUUUUAUUUUUUUCUCGUUAUUCCGAUUGCGGCGAUGCGAGGCGACGCGACGCGACCAUGUUGAAUAAGGACAACCACUAAUAGUAAGCAGUAACCACUACCUAUGUAAGUAGUACCCAGAGAACGGAUUUGCCAAUCGUCAACAUAUCAUCAUAGUGCGUAUACUACGUAGACGUACAUACUCGACAGUCAACAAGCUAUAGCAGAUAUUCGAUAGUUGGGUGCGAAAGCGAUUGCGAUGCUUUGGUAUCAGUCGAUUCAUUCUGUUGGUCUUGAUUCUUGAAUGUAUGUAAAGUUCUCUUCUUAUACCAAUACAAACGUACGAUGCCGCCGAAUACCGAAUACCGAGGCGAUCGAGUGCGAUACAGGUACAGGUAGUAAAUAACUGAAUAUACCUACCA